AUGGAACUAAGACGCUCAACCAGACGUAAAACUGCAGCCAAAUGUCAGGGCAUUGAACUGCCAGCGCAACCAACAAUCGCUCGCCGGUCGAGAAGGAUCAAGGAAGUUGUGCGGCCACAAAUACGAAAACGAAGCCCCAUUUUAAGACUGCACAGGCCACAGUUUUGUGGUUCUGAUGUGCGGCAACGUGAACCCAGCACAAGCAGAUCCACGGGCCAUCUGGUGGAUCGUGAAAUCGUUCGUUCUUGUCUCGUUACGUUCGAAAACAUAACGCAGCAGUUGGAUACGUUCCAUCAUAAAAAUGGUGUCCAUGAACUGUCUGGACAAUUGAACGAAUUCAUCAAGGCGAUUGACGAGUUCGCUGUCAAAGAAAAAGCUGACAACGCUGCAUUGCUAAAACGCAUCAAAAGGGAGGCCAAAACCCAGGAGCAGGCAUCGUCAACAUCCAAAGCUGACCUAUUGCUUACUAAAAUUCUCGUCGAUGAAAGAGUCACAGACCCUGAAGGCCUUGCGGUGGUAGCUAAAUGGCACGGUAUCGAUACGCAGGACGUGGCCGAUAUCACCUUCACUCGGGAAAACGGGAAACUCAAGCUGGAUCCCAAUGCACAGUAUAGGUUUGAUCAACAAUGCGUGAAUAAGAGAGUCAACAGGUUACUUUCGCUUGAGCGCAAUAGCUCUCUGGGGUGGCCGGAAAGAAAGAGAAAAUUACCUGCCAACUCUCCACCGUCGGAAAGUUAUUCUGAGGUUGCCUUAAUGUCCUAA